UGCCCGGGCUCCGGUUCCCGGCUCCGGCUCCGGCGGCGGCGGCUCGGGGGGGUGGCGGCCCAUGGCGGGGCGCUGAGCCCCCAGCACAGCCGGGGCCGCGAUGCGCUGGGGGGGCCUCAUCCUGCUCUGCUUGCUGCCGGGCCCGCGGGGCGCAGGACGCCCCCCCGGGAGCCCCGCGGCGGGCGAAGGGCGGCUCGGAGCUGGGGAGCCCUCGGCGGGGCCGGAGGGGACCCACAUCAGCCAGGACCUGGUGGGGCGCAGCCUGGCCAUCGACACGCUGCCGGCCAACGAGACGCGGAUCGUGGAGGACAACCACAGCUACUACGUGUCCCGCACCUACGGCCCGGGGGAUGCGCGCCUGCAGGGGCUGUGGGUGGACAUGGCAGCGGCCAACAGGAGCCACGUGAAGAUCCACGGGAUCCUCUCCAACACGCACAGGCAGGCCUCGCGAAUCGUCCUCUCCUUUGACUUCCCCUUCUACGGCCACUUCCUGCGGCAGGUGACGAUCGCCACGGGAGGGUUUAUCUUCAUGGGGGACGUCAUCCACCGCAUGCUCACGGCCACGCAGUACGUGGCGCCCCUCAUGGCCAACUUCAACCCCAGCUACUCCCGCAACUCCACCGUCCAGUACCUGGACAACGGGACGGUGUUUGUGGUGCAGUGGGACAAGGUGUACCUGCAGGGCAAGGAGGACAUGGGCAGCUUCACCUUCCAGGCCGCCCUGCACAGCACCGGGAGGAUCGUCUUUGGGUACAAGGAGAUCCCGGUGCCCGUCCUGCAGAUCAGUGCCACGCAGCACCCCGUGAAAGCCGGCCUCUCUGACGCCUUCAUGAUCCUCAACCCAUCUCCCGAGGUGCCCGCCUGGCAGCCACCGCUGUCCUCUCCUGCAUCCCAUUUGAUUUCAGCUGGGAGCCGGCAGAGCCCCCAGUGCCGGGAUUCCUGCGUGGGGCAGCGCCGUGGGGCCGUGCCCAGCCUCACGCGCAGCCGCUGCCUUUCAGAGUCCCGCCGCCGGACCAUCUACGAGUACCACCGCGUGGAGCUGGACACCAGCAGGAUCACCAGCAUGUCGGCCGUGGAGUUCACCCCGCUGCCCACUUGUCUCCAGCAUCAGAGCUGUGAAAUGUGCGUGACCUCGGAGCUGACCUUCAACUGCAGCUGGUGCCACGUCCUGCAGAGGUGUUCCAGCGGGUUCGACCGAUACCGCGAGGAGUGGCUGUCCUACGGCUGCGGCCAGCAGUCCGAUGAGAAGAGCUGCGAGGAUUUGGCAGAGGACGACCACUACUCGGCCCCCCCCAGCAGCUCGCUCUCACCGCUGGAGGAGAACGUCGCCGCCUCCACCUCCUCGCUCUUCGUUGACGGCCUCACUACGGAAGAUGACACAAAGCUCAAUCAGUAUGCAGGGAGCGAAGGUGUGGGAAGCAGCCUCCCGUCCAAGAACGCAGGCGCCCCGGUUCACACCGGUACGAUCGUGGGGAUCGUCCUGGCUGUGUUGCUCAUCGCAGCCAUUAUCCUCGCUGGGAUUUACAUCAACAGCCACCCCACCUCUAACGCUGCACUGUUCUUCAUUGAGCGGCGGCCGCACCGCUGGCCAGCCAUGAAGUUCCGCAACCACGGCAGCCACGCGACGUACGCUGAGGUGGAGGCAGCCGGCCACGAGAAGGAGGGCUUCGUAGAGGCAGAGCAGUGCUGAGCGCUGCUUCCCCCGUGCCUCUGACCGCCCCGUCCCACGCCUUGGGGUCCUCUGUUACUGCAAAGUCUUUCCCCUCCUGGAAAAGAAAGAGCAAAGUAGAGGAAAGCGGCCGAGUGGAGCAUGAAAGGAAGGAGCCGGGGUGAUGUAAGGAUGGGACCUGCUGGGAUUCCUCACAGGACAGCAGAACCCGAAGUGGUGGCAGUGGCGGGACGCUGGGCUCUGCCUGAAGCCCGGCGCCGAAGCCCUUCACGUGUCAGUAGAAAAGACUGUGGCCCAAUUUUUAGCUUGGCUCCGGUUUUUGUCUCCUGGUUGGGUUUUCCCCGCCUAUGUGGGGCUGACCUCUCUGCUUCUCCACUAGGACUCUUGAUGUGGGCCACAUCUCGGCAGAGCCCCCAGUUUUCCCCCAGGGCUGCGUGCUGCCCCCUGGUUCUGCUGGGACGCGGUGAGGUGAGGCUGGGACGGCGACGGUGGUGGCUGCAGGGCUGUAAAGCUGGCUCGCCAGGGCUCACCUCUGUCCCAUCCCCUCUCCCCCAGCUCCGUCCCUUUCUCCUUUGCCUUCUUUUUUGGGGUGGGGGCAGGCAGCGAUUAAUUUUUGUCUUCAGGGCUGAGAAGCCUCCUGGCUUCAUCUUCAUCCCGCAGUCGGUCUGCACCUUCAUGGCUUCCAUUCCCUGCCCUCCUCUCCCGUCCCAGUAACAGCUGCUUCCCCCUGCUCCAGCAGAAUGGGAAACCCGAUGUAUUUUAAAAGCAAAAACCCCACUGAGGAUUCACCUUCAGGAUGUUCAUGAGCCAGUGGCUCCAAUGCACUUUCUCGCAUCCGUUUCCUCAAUUACUAACUAAAAACUUUACCCUAAAGGACUCAGAGCGAAAAAAAUAUCUUAGAUUUCUUCAAGACAUAUCUUCAUAGCACAGCUGCUAAUCCAGCAGGAGUGGGGUAGGUUUUAAAGGCAGAGGAUGGGGACAGAGCCCGAGCAAAAGCUGUGUGCUCCCAUGGGCUACAUCCUGAGGUAAACCCUCCUUCAUGGGAGCGUCCCAUAAAUAAAACACAAAGGCCUUACAUGCCUUGAUACAUUGAAAAUCUGGAAAAUGCCUUGUUAGCAUCAUAGUAUUCAGAGCCUUGAGUCAGUGGAUUUUUUAUUUUUAUUUCUUAUUAUCUGUGAUAGGCCCUGGUCUGCAUUGGUACUGAUACUGUGAUUCCAGAAUCUGACCCUACCUAAGGGCUUCAAUACCAGACCUCUCAGGGUUGUUCUGCUCCUUCUGUGCAAUCAAAUCCCAGACUAAUCUGCAGAAAUGCUUAUCCCACUUCCACAGCCGCCAGCCAUAGCGGGAUUCGUCCCUAAACUGAGGAAAGGUGGUAUGAAAAAGACAGAGUCCAAAGUCCAGUGUCAGGUAAAGUUUUAUUUCCCCCACCAAAAAAAAAAAAGGUGUUGGUUUUAUGGACUUUUUUUUUUCCCCUCCCCUCUCGGUCCUCAGUUAUUUAUUCUGAUAUCAUCUUUGGUGCAUAUUUUAUCCACUGGCUGGUUCAGCUGUCACUGGUGGUGAUUACUGCCAAAGGCAUGGUCUGUCUAAUUAAUGUCUUCCUUCUCAUCUGCUGAAUUUAUAUAGCCAUUAAAGAUAAAUAUGGAUGCUUUGUGGCAUUUAGACCCCAGAUUAUACUUUCUCAUGUGUAGCCACUAGGGAGACUUUUGCUGCAUCUUAUUAUGGCAUAAAGGCACCAAAAUGCUCUAACAGGGUAAGUCAGACCGAGCCGUGCCAAGCUGUUAUGACCCAGACAGUCUCUCCUUAGAUGUAUUUUGAAGAUAAACCUUAUUCCCAAAUAAAGCUUUCAGCUGGAAAGUUGUUUUUUUUCCCUGUUUCCCUGAAGAACUCAAAGGAAUGCUGUCAUCUAGUUUUUUGCCCCGGAUCUGAUCUUUGAAACAGUUAUAAGCUGGCAAGGACUUUUCUCUGGAUUUUAAUCUUUUCAAAAAAUGGCCUUGAUUUUUUCUUGAUAUGCAUACACAAUAACAGCAAGAUUUUUAGGUACUUCUCUUCCUCUACAGCCCCUAGAAAUGCUAGGUAACAUCCAGCAAGUCUGAAAUGCUUGAAAAGAAAACAGACUUUAAAUAGAGUGCAAUUGAGCUGCAUAAAUCACUGCUGCGUUACUACAGCCAGAAUCUUAAAAGAAUUCAAAAGAGGAUCAGAUCCUCAGGUGGAGAAAAACAACAUCCAAGUGCCCUAGCACAGAAACGGCUGAGAUGCAUAAAGUAUACCACAGGACAGAUGCCAAAUUUGGAGUGCCUGGUCAGAAAGGCUUUUUUUUUUCCCUUUUUUUUUUUUUUUGCCUUUACACAAAGAAACAAAACAAAGCAGGAUCCUCUGUAUUCUACAGUUGUUCAGUAGACGUUUGUUCUAGCUUCUCCUGAGGAGCAUGGUUCGGGGUAUUGUCAGUUAUGGCGUUAGCAGCUCCCAUUGAUCCCCAGAUGAGGUUAGUGCCCACAGUCAUGCCCCAAGCUGAAGGUCUGGAUCCCCCAGUCCAGGCUGUGUAACUGGGGAGUGCUCAGCUCCCACUGCCUGCCCUGGAGAAGCAAGGCACUUGUGUCUCAAGGAGGAGGGAAAAUAAUCAUCUCUCCUACCUCUCGUGAGGUCAGAUGGGAACAACCUCUUCUGCAUUUUCUGUGCUCAUGUCCUUGUAGUUGAAGAGGUGGUCUAUUAAAUUCCAGAAAACCCAAUUGCAGUGUUGCUGAGGCCUAGAAGAAAGAGAAGCAAAUGUCCUUACCAUCACCAAGAGCUGCUCUCAUGUCAAAGGAAACAGGAGAGCGGCACCAAGCCAAGCACAUCCAGAUCACCACUCCUCACCUACCUGCGCAGCUCCGACUUCAGGAUGCGGGUUAAUCUUGCUAGUCUCAAGUGCCGAAGCAGGAACGUGAUGGUGACAACUACGACAUAAACAGGUUUUGGUUUUGCUUUUACUCACAGGGCUCCUCCAGCUGUAUCCCAAGGCGUUCCUCUGGAUUCUAAGGCUCCCAGUACUGGAGCUUCAGAGCGGACUGUAACGUACACGUGUAUACAGACCUGUCUGUUUUAUAGCUCUGUCAUGGGCUGGGGCUGUCAGCCAUGCUCAGUCCCUCGCUCAGCUUGUUCCAAGGGGUGCCAGACACAACCACCUGCUACCCCCCUCGCUUGUCUUCCCAAGCACGGUGCCCUCACAGCCUGUGCAAGGCAACUGCUGUCAUCGGGCAGAAAGCGACGUCGCCGGGGGGGGGGGCCUCGGCUGCUCAGCAGCUGGGAAAACACAACAGGGGCUUCGGCACAAACCAAGGUCUUGCUUCUGCUCCCACUAGAGCUGGGGCCAGACCCCCAUGUUUUUGGCAUCAGUGGGAGCAGGACCCAGAUCAAAAAAUACUCUCCUACUAACUAAAGGCCUACUUUCCACAUACUUGAAUUUACAGCACAGUUGGACUGUUUGGGGGGACUAAAGGCACUUUAACUGUCUUUUAAUGCAAUGUAUUUACUAUGGAUAAUCUGCAUGGAAUAGAGUCUUAUUAUUAAAAAUAAAUCUUCCUUUUUGGACUGCUUUGUUUUCGAAAUAAAACGUGCAAAGGAU